AUGUCAGAACUCCCCCUUUCGGAGCUGCACGUGAGCAGCGAUGCUACCAGUCAUAUUUUGUUCUCGAAUAUCCAUUUGCCAGACUGGACCGUUCCAGCUGACCCAACUGAACUCGCCUGCAUCGCACAAGUCGGAUAUCGUUCGACGAUGGAAUUCGAUGGCGACUACCAGCCGGAAGAUCUACAAUGGAUUGCGGAGGAUGUGGCUAUGGAUCUUCACCGGAGAUGGGAUGAGGUCCUUCAGCGGAGUCGAGAUACCGCUGAAAACGAGGAUUUACGGCGUUUUGCGAAUUCUGGAGUCGAACGUCAGCGCGCAAAAGAAGAUGAGGAGACCCGCCUUGCACUUUCCGUCAGUCAAGUAGAGUCAAAUCAAGCAGAAGAGGCAGAAUUUCAGAAGGCAAAGUUGGAGUCUCGCGUGGACGAACGUGCCCGAGCUGAACGAGCCGAGCGCGAACAGUUGGAGCAGGCCGUUCUAGAUAGCCUGGUGACAGCUACGCUUCUUGAGCAAGAGCAAAAGGAGGCUAUCGACAAGGCCAUCGUUGAAAGCGAACUGACCGUGAAGUGUGAGCAGAAACGAAAGGCCGGAGAGCUUACCCGUUGCCUGGCAAAGUAUACUAUCAACGACUUGACCGAAGAGGAGCAUAUGCGGCUUAGUAUACUGCUAAGUCAGGAAAAGGAGCUUCGACACAGUGACGCUGCUGUUCUUCCGGCCACCCUCACUGUAGACGGCGGCAGACCCAGUGUAAAAUCUCCGCAUCCAGCAACUGCGGGUACUUUAUCUUCGCCUCCAGUCAGGAUCGGUCCCUCUGUUCUAUCAGUGCCUUCAUCGGGUUCACUAUUGUAUCGUACGGAAGAAGAGAACCCUGGACGGAGAGUGGAAUUACUCAAAUACCCCGAGCGAUUCGCGAAUCAGCGAAAACCACUUGGUAUACCCAGGCGCAUUCCCAGCAUCGCCUUCUCAGGCAAGCUCGGCAGCACGUGGUGCGGUGGGUAG